CUUGGAUUCAGAUUGCUCUCGAUGUCGCUCACUUUGGACGAGCACGCUGUUCACUCCACACAAUGGAUUAAACUUGUAGCUGCGAGAAGGUCACAGUCUUGCCAUACCGGACCACUUUACUAUUUUUUACCUACUUUUAUUUAAACUUAAGAGGAGCGAGCAUUACAUAAGAACGAGGCAUGAUUCAGAGGGAAGAGGUGGUGCUCUCUGUCUUGGGGGAGAUGCAGGAGGCCACAGAAUGUGGUGGACUUGAUGUCCUCACUAAAGUUGCUGUGGAGGUGGAGCAGGUCCUAGCCCCUUUCCAUCUUCCAACAGCACUCUGCACUGAGAUCUCCUCUUGGCUGGGCAUUGACUCUGUAGCUCACAGACUGUAUCCAGCAGAUGCACCAGCUGGUUUACUUCCUCUAGUUUGCAAAGGAGAGGGGAACCUGCUGUUUGAUGCUGCUAGCAUGCUUCUGGUUGGCUCUACCAGCCUGAGCUUGGAGCUGCAAGUCAGGACUGUGGUGGAGAUGCUGCUUUGGAAGCAAUACUACCUAUGUGGUAUGAUCGACUCAAAGGUGAUGCUGCAGGCAGCCAGGUUUUCCCUCUGUGCAGAGGAAACUCAGGAUAUGCUUAAUCUUUCAAUUCAGGUGCUGGAGGCUAUCUUUGAUGCAGAUGUCAAGGCCUCCUGUUUCCCUGGCUCAUUUGCGAACAUGUGGCAUGUGUAUGCGCUGGCUUCUGUACUGCAGUGCAACAUUUAUUCUGUUUAUCCCAUGUUCAAUUUAAAGAUUCGGCCCUAUUUCAAUCGACUCAUUCGGCCGAGGACAUGGUUGAAAGACACUGAGCUCUUGACCCUUCACAUCAUGUGGUCUGGUGAACUGGAGGCAGGCUCCGUUUUUAAACCCCGCAACUUUGUGGCCUUGAUUCACGCAAGUGACAUAAAAAUUGGAAGCCCCAACAGCGAGCAGCGAAUGCCCCCUGUUACUUCCCAGGAGCUUCUAAGUCAGGAUUCUCAAAUGACUUACUCCAACCUUAAAGACAAAUUCAACAUCACAAAGAGCACCUUUUACCGGUGGAAGAAGCAAAGCAUUGAGUACCACAAAAAGUCAGUGGCCAGGUAUGAGGCCAAAAAUUUUUUCUUGACCUCCUACAAGCAAGGGAAUGUUAUUCCCCUCAGCCAGUUUAAAGAGCUUUUCCCAGAAAUUCCAAGAUCCACAUACUAUGCAUGGAAACAAGAGCUUGUGUCCUCUUGGUGCAACUCAGGGGGCUCUGCGGGGGAGCUAAGUCCUGGCGACAGCACUGAGCAGGACUACUGGUCCUCCCCAGAGGUCAAGAAAACACCCAGCCAUGGGAGCUUUGCCAGUAUGUUAGCAUUUAGGUGUGAGAAAUGGGAAGGUGAACGGGCUCAAAAUGUGUCCUUAAUGCAAGAGGCCAAGAAGAGCCUGCAGAACUGCAUUGUUAAAAACACCUCCUUCCCUUACAGAAUUUUUAAAAGAAGGUUUCCUGGCAUCUCCAGAUCCACAUACUACAACUGGAGGAGGGAAGCUAUGUUGUUCAAUCCCUUAAAAGAGCUCUCUGGUAGCAGUGAGGAAAGCUCAGAUGCUGAUAAAACCCAGAGUCCAAGAAGUCUGCUGUCUCCUAAAUUAGAGAGGCAGAAAUUGACACCUAGAUUUAGGAUCUCCAAGCGCAAGCAAAAAAGCCUGAGGCUGGCUUACCUCCAGAAGAAAACAUUACGAGAAGAGGCCAAAAUGCAUGUUGAGAGGUCAAAGAUAUCCUUUAUAAAAUUCAAACUCAAGUUCCCUUUGGUUUCCUCUUCUUUCUACUGGAUUUGGAGACAUUCUUGGAACAGAAAAAUUGAGAAGCCCAUCGUGAUGUCUGAGACGGAGAAAUUCCAAGGCCAGGUUGUUUCUCAAAAUGUUAAUGAGAAGAUAAAAAGUCAAGGAAUGUUUUCUUUUGAUGGAAACAUUGACUGCCUGACUGGACCGACGGUUACCCCCCCUGAAUUCACACUGCCUGAAUACUGUCUGCCAGACAAGUCCAGUAAUGAACAAAUGUUUGUGAUGGAUGUUGUGGCACUGGCCAAUUUCAAGGCUAAAGCAAAGCUGUUCUUGCAGCAACGCUUCGAAAAGAAGACCUUUCCCACAUUUAAAGAGUUCAGGUCCUACUUUCCUCUUACGCCUCGCUCCACCUACUACAUGUGGAAAAGGGCUUUGCAUCAUGGGGUAUCAUUAGUUAAUGCCUGAAUUUUCGAUACAUUUCACCAUUGUAAAGCUGCCUAUUCAGUAGUGAACAGUCCAAACCUGAUACCACCUGAUGCUUUCACAUACUUCACUAUGCAAUGAGUUUGAGUCUGACAGUGUUUUUUUGUUUAGUUUUAGUUUUAGUUUUUUUUAAGCUUACACCUGCAUAAUUGCAGUUCAUGCAUCUUAAUUAUUUGUCCCUUACCUUUAUUUGACCACUUGGUUCUAGCUCAAGGACAUUUGCAUUUGUGUCUACCUAAGUCCUAAUGGCCCCCAGGCAAAAGGCAGUUCAAAGACAUUUAUCAGGAUUAUGAAUGGCUCUCUUUGUGCCCCCAUCCUCCAACAUUUUACAGUUGAUAUUACUUUUUUUAUUUCAUUGUAAUUGUUUUUGAUACUUGAAUACUUUUUAGUUUGUUUGUUCUUUCCACCCCGCUUAAAUUUAAACCAUGAAAUUAAAACUUUAGAUGUUUUUUUUCUUUAAAUGUACAUUAACUUUAAUUCAUACAUUGGAGUGUUGUUUGUUAUUUCUUUGAUACAUAUAUAUUUUUAUACUGACAAUUGAAUGUUAUCUUUGCUCAGGUAGAAGUUUAUGUUGCCAGUUUGGAAUUAAUUCCUUACACUUGAAUGUUUCAAAAUCCUAUGAGAGCUUUGUUGUUUUGCACAUCGUUUUUGACCACGCGUUUCAAUUCACACAUUUAGUCUUUGUCGUGCUGCUAAUGGUGUAAAUAUUUAACAUUUUCUGACUUGAUACACUGACUGUUCGAGUGUUUUUUUUUUUAUAUGAAGUUCUUUCUAUAGCUUAUGUUAUACUACC